GUAAUGUCCCACCAUGCUGUUUUUAGCUUAGGCCAUAAAUCUUUACUUCUGGGAAGUGUGUCAGGAGAAAAGAGGAAUAGAGAGCUUUGGACUUUGUUAAACAUGCAGAUAUUAGCAGAAAUCUUUAGAAUGUCAGCAAAAGAUUAUAUAGCUUAUGUAGAUAAUAGACCUAGAGAGGGAUUCUUGAUGUAUUGUUUCUGGGAUCUUUAUGACCUGAGUCUAAAAGGGCUAAAAGGGUGUCUGAUUUUUUUUCAUUUGGUAGUAAUAAAAAUCUCAGCUUUUGGGGUAUUUUUUUUUUUUUGAGUUUUGAUAGGUUUUCUUGAUUCCUAUAUUUGGUACUCUGAGAAAACUCAUGGCUGUGACAGCUAUGGUGUACUAUAUAUGCUUUUCUUGGGGUUUGGGUAUUUUGUUAUGGUACUUGGGAGUUACUUCACAUAAAAGGGGUUGUUGUUGUUGUUCAGCUCUUCCAGUGGCAUUUUCAUGGUGAUACACAGAUAUUAAGUUCUCUUUUUCUCUGCUUCUGUAUGUGUUUUCUUUCUUUGUAUAUCUAUCUGUUUAUCUAUCACUUUCUUUUUGCUUUCUGGUUUCUGAUUUUGUCUGUUUGUUAUAAUUAUUUUUUAUCUUUUUUUUUCAUUUUUUGGACUGUGUAUAAUUACCAUUGGUUUCUGUUUUUGGACUCAUUAGUCUUAUUUUCUGGAAAUUUCUGAUGAUGCUCUUUUGUCUGUUUUCUAUCACUAGCAUUUUACAUGUUUAAGUUAGUUCACCUUGAAAAUUGAGCUUUGUUUUGUUUUGUGAUUUUGGUGCUAUUUAUAGCUGUGUUGAUUUGUAUUUCUGUAGUCUGCAGCUUAGAGGUUCUUGAGAAAACAAGGACUGGAGUGAUAAGUGAUUCUUGAAACAUGUUAUGAGAAAUUGAGAAUGGCAUCAUCUUCUGCUGAAAAUAGUCCAGUGCCACUCAGAGUAGCACCCCCAAAUUAUCAGCCAUAUCCACUUCCCUUGGUUAAAUAUGAGAAUAUAGUUGCCUCUCCUCAACUGUUCAUGGAAACUUUGCAGAAGCUCCAUGCUUUCAUGAGAACUAAGUUCAUGACCCCUGUUAUAGGGGGCAAACCGCUGGAUCUGCAUCGCCUCUUUGUCGAGGUAACUACUCGUGGUGGUCUCUCAAAGGUUCUAGGGGAGAAAAGAUGGAAGGAAGUAACAUUGCUGUUUAACUUUCCUUCUUCAGCCACAAAUGCUUCAUUUGUUCUUCGGAAAUACUACAUCUCAUUGCUAUUUCACUACGAAAGACUCUACUAUUUCAAGGCAAAGUACUGGACUCCUCCUCCUGACGUGUUGCAGGGAGCCUCUCGUACUGCAGCUCCAGCUCAAGGUUUGGCUGGAUAUAUCCUUCCACCACCAGGAAUAGAAGCCACCAUGCCCCAGCCUCAGAGGAUAGAAACAACAUUUCCUGAAGAAACUACCAUACCAUCGACAGGUUCACCUGUGUCUGGUUUCAUUGACGGGAAGUUUGAGAGUGGAUAUCUUAUUACAGUGAAGAUUGGAUCCGAGGAUCUUAAAGGUGUUCUAUAUCAGAUUCCAAUUGACCAAGAGCAGCAAGAGUUGCAAAAUCAGAAUGUACCUGCUUACAACACUCAAAAAGAAGCAUCAACACCUGGGAUAGCUCGAAGAAAGCGUAGGAAGAAAAGUGAAAUCAAAAAGCGCGACCCUGCCCAUCCCAAGCCUAACAGAAGUGGUUAUAACUUUUUCUUUGCAGAACAACAUGCCCGUCUGAAACCUCUUUAUCCUGGAAAGGAUAGAGAGAUUAGUAGGAUGAUAGGUGAACUGUGGAACAAUCUGAACGUUCCAGAGAAGAUGGUCUAUCAGGAGAGAGCAUUGCAAGACAAAGAACGAUACAGAAUGGAGAUGCAAGACUAUCGCGAGAGACAAACAACUGGACAAAUUGUUAGUAGUCCACUGCUAAUACAAUCUCCUCUUGAACACAAUGUCGAUAUGAUGGAUCAGCCAACUGAACUUCAAAGUGAAAAUGGAAACGUCUCUUGGAGUCCAGAGCACGGAACAAGUUCUGAUAAAUGUGCACAGAGCAACUCGGAGAACAACAACAACAACAACAACAAAGGCACAGAUCCUCCGGUAUUAGAAAUGCAGACUAACAACGUGAUCGUUGAGGGAUUUGAGUUGCUUAAGAGAGUAGACAUGGUCGAUUGCGAGGACAAAGAAAUGCAGGAAGAAGAAGUUGAAGGUGAUAAACAAGAAGAAUUACAACAUAGCAAGGAAAAAGUUUUUUUCUUCCUAGAAGAAAAAACUGUUACCAACUGAGGGGAAAAUAUAAACAUGGUAAAGCUUAAGUUACUUAGCUUCUUAGAUAUUACAACUUAUCUUAAUUAUAUAGUGUUUGUUUUGACUUAGUGAUAAUUAUGUUGUUUUUAGCAGUAGUUUUGGAUAUAAUUUAAAAAGUAUGAACCAUUUUGAUGUAUUCCAUGGGCAUACUUUACAGAUUAACUGCCCUUUUGUUAUGCAAUGUUAAAAAAAUAUGAGCAUUAAGCACAUCA